AAACAUUAACACCUCCAUGUAUAAAUAGGAACAACCAUUAUCUAAUCUAAUAACACACUCAAACUCACACUCACACUCAUUCCAUAUCCCACCAUGCAUUGUAUACUCAUUCUUUCCAUCCUCAUUUCCUCCUACUUCUCACUUCCACUACUUGCAGAUGGCAGUUCCAUUGGAGUGAACUAUGGUCGCAUAGCAAACAACCUACCCUCAGCAUUCAAAGUAGUCAAGCUUCUAAAAUCACAAGGAAUCGACCGGGUCAAACUCUACGACACCGACCCGGCUGUUCUCAAAUCCUUAUCCGGAUCCGGAAUCAAAGUAACCGUAAACCUCCCAAACGAACAACUCUUUCACACAGCCAGAAAACUCUCCUACGCCCUCACAUGGCUCCAAAAAAACGUCGUCGUUUACCACCCCAAAACCCAAAUCGAAGCCAUCGCCGUCGGCAACGAAGUCUUCGUCGACACACACAACACCACCAAAUACCUCAUCCCCGCCAUGAAAAACAUUCACAAAGCUUUAGUCAAAUUCAACCUCCACAAUUCCAUUAAAAUCUCUUCACCAAUUGCUUUAUCCGCUCUCGGAUCCUCUUACCCAUCUUCAACCGGGUCAUUCAAACCCGAACUCAUAGAACCCGUUAUUAAACCAAUGUUAAACUUCCUCCGUGAAACGUCUUCGUAUUUGAUGGUCAACGUUUACCCCUUCUUCGCUUACGAGUCAAACGCUGACGUCAUUUCUUUAAACUACGCUCUAUUUCGUGAAAACCCGGGUAAUGUGGAUCCAGGUAACGGGUUAAAAUACUACAACAUCUUCGACGCACAAAUCGACGCUGUUUUUGCAGCGCUUAACGUGCUUCAAUACGACGACGUUAGAGUGGUUGUCAGUGAAACGGGUUGGCCUUCGAAAGGUGAUAGUAAUGAGGUGGGUGCAUCCCCACAGAACGCUGCUGCGUACAACGGUAAUCUUGUUAAGAAGAUUCUUAACAACGGUGGGACCCCUUUAAGACCGAAUGCGAAUCUGACCGUUUAUUUGUUUGCACUUUUUAAUGAGAAUGGGAAAGUGGGACUUACUUCGGAGAGGAAUUUUGGGAUGUUUUAUCCUGAUAUGAAGAAAGUUUAUGAUGUUCCGUUUACCGUGGCGGGGUUGAAGAGUUACCGUGACGUUCCGGCGCCGGGAAGUGGCUGAGCUGAACUGAGUGAUUUAUUCAUUGCUUUGUAAUUUUUAUUUUUUUUUGUUAGACAGUUUUAUGACGAUAAGUCCAUUAUUUGGGUGUGCAUUGUAUUGUAUCAAUUAAUUAUCUUGGGUGUAGGUUGAGGUUAUUAGAUUUAUUAACUUGGGCAAUUAAAUAUGUUUGUAAACUAAAUUUCAUUUUGAAGAUAUGUAUUGCGAUUAAAUUUUAUUGUCAUUAUUAA